ACCAAGGUGCCCAGCCCUUAUCAUACCCCCUUUCAUAGGCGUCCUGCGCUUUUGGCGAUUUAAAUGCCCUGUAGGGUGGGUGUAGCUGAAGCUAGACUGGUUGCUGCCCUGAUCCAUUAUAGUUCACUCCUCCAAUGUGCUCUGAGAGGCAAGGUGUAAAUAGGAAACUGCAUGAGACACACACAUGGUGCAUCCAGUGCUCUUAGGUUGUGAGAGCAGCAAGCAGCUACAAUACCUGAUGCCUCAUUGCAGCCUAUCAGCCUAGAAAGCAAGCAAAGGCUCUGUAGCUGGCAGAAUCACUAUUAUAUGCUGUCUAAAGUGGACUUGGGCUGCAGGACUGAUCAAGAGUACAACCUGCAGAUAUAUAGUGGGAGUGACAGCAAAGUGAUGGAUUACAACUACGAUGAAGAUCUGGAUGAGAUGUGUCCUGUGUGUGGGGACAAGGUAUCCGGCUAUCACUAUGGACUCCUCACCUGUGAGAGCUGUAAGGGAUUCUUCAAGAGGACAGUCCAGAAUAACAAGCGUUACACCUGCACAGAGAACCAGAGCUGUAAAAUAGAUAAAACGCAGAGGAAAAGGUGCCCGUACUGCCGUUUCCAAAAGUGUCUGAACGUAGGAAUGAGGUUGGAAGCUGUACGUGCUGACCGAAUGCGAGGAGGACGCAACAAGUUUGGGCCUAUGUACAAACGGGAUCGUGCCUUAAAGCAGCAGAAAAAAGCCUUGAUACGUGCAAAUGGCAUUAAACUGGAGACUGUGCCACAGAUUGUGCCUCCAGUUCAAAGUGAAUACACAAUCUCCAGCAACAUCCAUACUAUUCAUCCGGUAUGUAAGAACUUGCCUUCAAACCCAGCUCCCAUGACACCAGUUGAAUAUGACCGAAUCCCUUAUGGACCCUCGCAGGUGGAAAUGACUAUGCCCAACCAUGCCCCAUUGUCUGGCUACCACUAUUCUUCAUUCCAGAGUCGAGCUAUCAAAUCUGAAUACCCUGAACACUACACAAAUAUGCAUGAUCCAGCAGCUGCAGGACCUUAUGUGUAUGCUGAUCCCUACACCAGCAACUCUCCACCAGACAUACCUGAAGUGAUCCUUAAAUUGCUGCAGUUAGAGCCAGAUGAACCCCAGGUGAAGGCAAGGAUAUUAUCUUGUCUACAGCAGGAGCAGAGCAAGAGUCGGCACGAAAAGCUCAGCAUGUUUGGUUUGAUGUGCAAGAUGGCUGACCAGACUCUCUUCUCCAUAGUAGAGUGGGCUCGGAGUUGCAUUUACUUUAAAGAGCUUGAGGUCAGUGACCAGAUGAUCUUGCUGCAGAAUUGCUGGAGUGAACUGCUGGUGUUUGACCACAUCUAUAGACAAAUGCCACACAGCAAAGAGAACAGCAUCCUACUAGUAACUGGACAGGAGAUUGAAAUGUCAUCCAUCUCAGCCCAGGCGGGAUCCACGCUGAACAACUUGGUUCUCAGAGCACAAGAUCUGGUUAUUCUCCUCCAUUCACUUCAGGUGGACAGACAGGAGUUCGUGUGUCUCAAAUUUCUUAUUCUCUUCAGCCUUGAUGAAAAGUUCCUGGAAAACCACAGUUUAGCAAAGAGUGCUCAAGAGAAGGUCAACUCAGCCCUCCUGGAAUACACCAUGUGCCACUAUCCUCAUUGUACGGACAAGUAUCGCCUGCUUCUGCUGCGGUUAGCUGAAAUCCGCUCCAUCAGCAUGCAGGCAGAAGAGUACCUCUACCACAAGCACCUUAGUGGGGAAGUCCCAUGCAACAACUUGUUAAUUGAAAUGCUGCAUGCUAAACGGGCUUGAGUAGCCUCUUCAAGAAGUGACUCUAUUUUACAGCCUUCAAGAGAUUGCUCCUCAUCAACUAGAGACUAUGCAAAAGUGAGAUCAUUUUUAUUAAUGCUGCCUGUCCAGAAAAAGAAAAUCUUUGGUGAUGUAUUUAACCUAUAGUAUUGGAAAGUUUGAGAUUUAUUUUAAUAUAAUUGUGGCUCUUUACUGAGUGUUAUUAUAUAUUUAAUGGCUUUUUAAUAUACUGUACCAUUCCUUCUUGUGUUUUGGUCCAUGACAAUUUCCAUGCUUCUUAACAUUUAUGUGUAAAAGAUAACAAAAAAAAAAAAAAAAAAAAAACAAAUACAUGAGUGGGUGACCUAUGGGUAUGUGACUACAUGAGUAGGUGGCCUGUGGGUAUGUAACUACAUCAGUGGGUGACCUGUGGGUUUCAUUAUUUAAAAUAGUCAGAUGAUAAAAAAAUUUUUCUAACAUCAGUCCAAAGUUAAGCCAUACUUGUAUAAUCUUACAGUAUAUGGCUAGUAUAAGGAUGAUGAAUCAAUUUUACUGAGAUAUUUUGUGCAAUUGUGUAUAGUUCAGCUCUUAAGCUUUACAGCACAUAUUUUAAAGUUUCCAACAAAUAAAUUAAACUAUUGUAUUA